AUGGCUACAUUUGGAUUUCUCAGCGCACCACUGAAAUCAACAAAUGAAGUCGACUUAGUCAAACCGCUCACUAGUUACAUUGAUAACGUCUAUAACACUUCGGAAGAUAACCGAACGGAUGUGGCGGAAGCUGUUCAGGAACUCAACAAACUCCGAUCGAAAGCUUGUUGCCAGCCAUUGGAUAAGCACCAGAGUGCUCUUGAUGUUCUUACUAGGUACUACGACCAAUUGGUUGCCAUAGAAAGUAAAAUAAUAAUAUCCGCUACACAAAACCCUGUUGUUUUCAAAUGGAAAGAUGCAUUUGAUAAAGGAAGUAUUUUUUCGAGCAGAGCAUCACUUUCGCUUUCCGAUGGAUCAUUCGAACGAGCCGCUGUCCUUUUCAAUAUUGGAUCCCUAAUGUCACAGAUCGCGGCUUCGCAACAAUUCCAUACCGACGAUGAGAUAAAAAUCUCUGCGAAACUGUUCCAACAAUCUGCUGGAGUUUUUGCACGACUUCGUGAUGCUGUUCUUGGAAUGGUACAACAAGAGCCAACACCUGAUCUCAUGCCUGAUACAUUGGCUGCACUUUCUGCGUUAAUGGUUGCACAGGCUCAAGAGGCAAUUUAUAUAAAAGGACACAAAGACAAAAUGAAGGCUGUUUCCAUGGUUAAAAUAUCUGCGCAAGUUGCUGAAUUUUAUGCCGAAGCUCAAAAGAUGAUGACCAAAGAUGUUGUUCGUGGGUUAUGGGAUAAGGAAUGGAGCGCAAUUGUAAGCGGAAAAACUCUUGCUUACCAAGCUCUUUCCCAAUUCCAUCAAGCAGAAGUGAAUGGAGAAGCUCGUCAAAUUGGAGAGCAACUGUCUCGUCUUGCCGAAUCAUUGAAAAUUUUCGAGACAACUCAGAAAUACUUGCCGAAGGAUAUUACUGGAAUAUGGGACAUCUACCCAACAAUCAGUAAAGCAUAUGCGGCAGCAAAGAAGGAUAACGAUUUCAUUUAUCACGAGAAAGUUGCCGAUUUCCGUACACUGCCUGCCCUCCCGAAAGCUCCACUUGCCAAACCAACUCCAAUAGUCAACCCAAUGACACCAAACUUCCGAGAUAUGUUCUCUCUUCUGGUGCCUGUCCAAGUUCACAAUGCUAUGCAGUCAUACGAUGCCAGGAAAGCCGAACUCGUUAAUAUGGAGACUGUUAGAAUGCGAGAGGCUACCCAACUUAUGAAUGGGGUUCUUGCAUCCUUGAAUCUACCGGCCGCGCUCGACGAUGUCACUUCCUCGGAAACACUUCCAGAAUCGAUCAAGAUGAAAUCAGCAAAGCUUAAACAAAAUGGAGGAAGUGCUGAAAUCAUGCGAUUGUUCUCUGAGCUUCCAACACUUUAUCAACGCAACGAAGAUAUUCUUACUGAAACUAGCCGUAUCCUCAACGAAGAAAAAGAGAGUGAUGAUACUAUGCGUAAGCAACUGGGAACAAAAUGGUCGCGUAUGUCUAGCGAUCAGCUUACUGGACCUCUCGUUACUGAAAUUGGAAAGUACCGUGGUAUACUUCACACCGCUUCUAAUGCUGACAAGAUGGUCAAAGAAAAGUUUGAAUCUCAUCGACAAGGAAUCGAAUUGUUGUCGAAAAAUGAGUCGGAGCUCAGAUCGGCAAUUCCUGGACAGACUGCGCAUUCCACCGGAGAAACUGAUACUGUUCGUCGUUUGAGAGAGCUUAUGACUCAAUGGAACGAGGUUACUACUGAUAGAGAACUUCUAGAGAAAGAACUUAAAAACACCAACUGCGAUAUCGCGAAUGAUUUCUUGAAGGCAUUGGCUGAAAACCAACUAAUUAAUGAAGAGCAUAUUUCAAAAGAAAAGAUAGGACAGUUGUUCGGUGAUUUGAAACGACGUGUCCAAGGAUCACUUGAUAAGCAGGAAGAAUUGAUGAAGGAAAUUCAAAGUGCAAACAACAAGUUCACUGGGGAAAAGACUGGAUCAAGUACUGGAGCAGAAAGAGAGCGAAUCUUGAAGAUGUUGGCUCAGGCAGCAGACGCUUACGCCGAGCUGAAAGCUAAUUUGGAAGAAGGAACCAAAUUCUACAAUGAUCUCACACCAAUUCUUGUCCGCCUUCAACAAAAAGUCAGCGAUUUCGCAUUCGCUCGUCAAACAGAAAAAGAAGAUUUGAUGAGACAGCUGCAGUUGAGCAUUGUAUCUGGUCAAGCAGCAAAAGCAGUCGUCGAUGGUGUCAAUAGUCUCGUUUCAUCAUAUUUGACAACUGGAACAAGCUCUGCUCCACCAAGACCACCACCACCACGCCCAGCUGCUCCGAAUCAAAGUGUGGAAUCACCAAUCCCUCCACCAAGAACGCAACAGUCGAUGCAAGCAACUCCUGGAGCUCCUCCACAGCAGCAAGCUGCUUAUAAUCCAUACCAACAGCAACCACAAAUGCAACAGUUCCAACAACAUCCUGGGUACUAUCAACAGCAGUUGCCAUACGGUCAACCACAGCCACAAAUGAUGUUCCAACCGCAAUAUCAACCAACUUUCGCUGCUCCAUACCCAACUUUCCCUGGUGCCUUCCCUUCAUACCAGCAGCAGCAAUGGCCACAACAGCAACAGCAAGGAGGAUUUCCACCAAAUCCACAAUUUGGACAACAGAAUCAACCGCAAGGAGGCGGCACCAAUCCAUUCCAAUAG